GGAGUGCCCGAAGAAACAAAAUGAAUAAUUACCAGGAAACUUUGUUAUUAAUACGAGAAGGCUACCGAAGGAAAUAAUAUAUGGGUAUUUAAAGAUAUAUUUAAUGAAGUACAGUGAAUUCAAGAAAUCCGAGAGAAACUUCAGAAACUAGAAGGCAAUGUGGAUCAGUAUCGCUAGAGUUGACGUCGGGAGCCGGGCAGUGACGGGGAGUAGGCUCGCUGCUGUCACUCCGUCGUCUACAGAUCACCUCCCUUCAUCACGUCCAGAGCGGAGGAAGCAUGAUCAGAUGACAGAACCAGCUGUACAGAGUAUAAGGAGUCACCCUAGGACAGAACAAUAUGGAGCCAUGCUCCCUGGCCGGCGUUCCUUUAGAUUGACGGGUGGCGCUCCGGACUCUGGUUGUGGCCGUGCAAUGUUGCCUGUCUGGGUGGAAGAAUUGAACGGUGCCUCUGUUCCAGUGACAACUGACUCCUCUAAUGAAGAGACGGACCAGGAAUUGUCCUUUGAAAAGCGGUGGGAUUCGCUGCAAAAUAAGGAUAAUAUUACUUUUUGUCCAACUCAGAGACCGCCAGGCUGGGAUGACGUAAAUGGCCGGUGCUUAAGAGUGAAAAAAGAAAAAAAAACUGGUUUCUGCCCUUCUAUUGUGAUCAAGGAACCUGACAAAGCGUGGUCACCUAGUCCGGUGCGUCACAGACUACCAGCACCGCCAACUUCUGGGCGUCCUCGGGCGUUGACUCAACGUAUGUCUCGUCCCAGUACUGAUGGAAGCUCACUUAACAUGGGAGGAUUUUCCAAACAACUACGUGAUGUUUUUUCCGACCAUUUCUUAAAAGUUCCAUUGCAAAAGAUUUCUUCGCCGGAUACUUUAGAGUCAGAGUAUCCCUCCACGUUAGUGGAAGCACAGCUCAUUGAGUCCGCUCAGCAACUUUCAUCUACUUCAGAGGUCAAGCAAUCCUCCUUCAUUCUAGAUGUACUCGAACAGCACCUUCCCACUCCACACGCUACACAAGAGUCUUCAUCCACCUCAGAUGUAGCUCAGCAUCCUUGUGCCAUCUCAAAUGAGGUUCAACAGUCCAAUUUUACCUCAAAUGAAACUGAACAUGCCCAUUCGACGCUACAAGAGGCUCAGUCCUCCUUCACUUCAAAUGUUACCCAACCUCACUUUUCCUCCCGAUACGUGACUCAGCAGUCUUCCCUCACCUCAGAUAUAGCACAUCAACUUUCUUCCUCUACGUAUAUGGUUCAACAGUCAUCUUCCAAAUCAUGUGUGAUUCGAAACUAUUCUUCCACACCAGACGUGAUCCAGCAACCUUUCACAACCUUAAAUGGGUCUCACUCCCCCUCAUCCACAAUGGAUCAACAACCUCCCAUCACCCACAAUGUUUCCCAAAAGUCUUGUCUACGUUAUAAUGACUGUCACAUGUGGCUCUCAUCUGACAGCUUUUUAUGUGAGGAUUUUACUUUCAGUGAUAUUAACCGCCGGUAUGAUGGGGUGAAAGAGCAUCAUGGACCUCCUGGUGAGCCCCACUUGAGAACCUGUCGUGCUAGCAGAUUGCCGACUACAAUCUCCGAGAGAUGGACAGGAAGCAAGGAGUAUCAUGCCACAUCUAAAGGGGAUGAGAAAGGAAGUUCACUGUCUGCCACGCCAUCUCCGUGCAGACAUACUGGAAGCUUGCGCAUCACUACCACACCGUAUGCUAGCUCUGAUACCGGCACUUGUAGGGAGGCCUCAACUAUUCGAAUAGCAGAUUUACCGCAACGCAAGCACUGGGUUGAAUUUGAGAAUGAUCCUACAAAACGAGGGACUCCCAUUGUGGUUGCUCCUCGAAAAAUUGCUUCGAGCUCCUUAAUCAAAGACGACACUUCCAGCUCCGGCGAGAUUCCUCUCCAACGUACACCGCCAAACAGCCCACCAUAUAUGAUCACCCCUGUACAUCAGAGAAGCAGCUCUAUCAAAGCCGGGAGCUAUAGCGGUAGGCUUAUCCGGACAUACUCGCAACGCGGGUGUCGAACUAGCAAACGUGUCAUCAGUUCUGUUAGUCGGCGAAUGAGCGCCAGUGACUAUGGAAGGUUAUCAGAGUCCCAGCCACCCAUGUACUCAAAGGCGGCAAUGACCAUGCAGAGCGGUCCAGGUCUCUUCGAGGAAACACCGUGCAAAUCCGAAAUGGAGUACCCACAUGAAGAAAAACGACCCCACUCCGAAAGGCUCAAAGCGAAGCCAUCACUAGAGGAGCCCACAGCACCCCGCCGGGUGGGCUCUAUGCGAUUGCCACGCCUGCCUGCCGUUUUGUUGCGGCGGUCAUCAUCGCUCAGUUCACCUCACGAAAAAUCAAGUGAAGUACCCUUUCAGAGGUUGACCGAGCAGCGCCCUGGUUCCUUCCGUAAGAUUGUAGGUGCUCUGGCUCGCAGCUUCAGGAGGAAAUCCAAUACAGCCAAUAAGCCAGGCACAACAGCCAACCAAAGCCGUUCUACCAACCAAAGUGUCGCCGUCCACACAAAUGAUAAGCAGACUCCACAGGCCCCAAGAUUGCCUAGGAGGGCUGCUAGACAAUCUUACAUAAUCAGUCACGACUGUGAACGCCCUGUGUCUUAUGUUUAAAAUGGCUAGUGUCGUGGAUUAAAUAUCUAAAUGUUUUUAAGAUGACGGACAAUGUUUCACAACAAUUUGGUAUUCAGGCUACAACUGUGUCCCUCUAUCUGUUCUUCCUGGGCACUUGAUUGGUUCCUCUGGUGCAAGAGUAAAUCAGGCGAUAUCUUAUUGUGCUCCCCCAUUACCUGGGUUUUGAUAAACACAAAGGAACUUGAUCACGGAUCGGUACUCCACUUUCUCCAUUUUCACAAAAAUCGCGGGUGACCUAAGUUCUCUCGUCUGUAAAUCAAAGAGAAAAGAAGUUAAGGCAAUGAAAUUUGUCAUGUGGGGCUCAAUUGAGUUGCUAAUCAUGCCAACCGGUUUCCAUAAUAUUAUUCGAUCUCCUUCAUGGUUAGGCGCACAACUUUUCAGUCA